CAGCCCUGCCCUGCAGCUGUAUCAUGAAGAGAGUGACCUGGGGCCUUCUCUUCACACUGGCAGGGCUGCCUGCCUUGGAAGCCAAAGACCUGGUUGGUAAAGAUAGUCCCUUCUACUAUGACAGGGAAAGUCUGCAACUGGGUGGGAUGAUUUUUGGAGGGCUCCUGUGCAUUGCUGGAAUCUCGAUAGCCCUGAGUGGAAAAUGCAGAUACAAGUACAAUCAGCAGCACGACCCCUUGCCUGAGAAAGCCACCCCACUCAUUACUCCAGGCUCUGUCUGUACUUGCUGA